CAAAAGAUGACCUAAUUCUGUUUUCAUUCCGUAAUUUCUAACGGUCGUUACGAAGUAUCUCAUUUCACUAUAAAUUGAAGCCAUUCUAUCAUCAUUGUAACCCUAGUCGCCUCAUUUGCACUCUUUGUUAGUCUCCUAUUCUCCUCUCUACAGCCGUUUAUCUUCAGAAGCUUUAUUGCUUUGUUUGAGAUUUCAGUAUGGGUAAGGAAAAGAUUCAUAUCAGUUUGGUGGUCAUUGGCCAUGUCGAUUCUGGAAAGUCCACCACCACUGGUCACUUAAUCUACAAGCUUGGAGGUAUUGACAAGCGUGUGAUCGAGAGAUUUGAGAAGGAAGCUGCCGAGAUGAACAAGAGGUCCUUCAAGUACGCCUGGGUGCUUGACAAGCUCAAGGCUGAGCGCGAGCGUGGUAUUACCAUUGAUAUUGCCUUGUGGAAGUUUGAGACCAACAAGUACUACUGCACAGUUAUUGAUGCCCCUGGUCACCGUGACUUUAUCAAGAACAUGAUUACUGGUACCUCUCAGGCUGACUGUGCUAUCCUCAUUAUUGACUCCACAACUGGAGGUUUUGAGGCUGGUAUCUCCAAGGAUGGUCAGACCCGUGAGCACGCCUUGCUUGCUUUCACUCUUGGAGUGAAGCAAAUGAUUUGCUGCUGUAACAAGAUGGAUGCCACCACACCCAAGUACUCCAAGGCUAGGUACGAUGAAAUCGUCAAGGAAGUCUCUUCAUACCUCAAGAAGGUCGGUUACAACCCUGACAAAAUCCCAUUUGUUCCCAUCUCUGGGUUUGAGGGUGACAACAUGAUUGAGAGGUCCACCAACCUUGACUGGUACAAGGGACCAACUCUCCUUGAGGCUCUUGACAUGAUCAACGAGCCAAAGAGGCCAUCAGACAAGCCCCUCCGUCUCCCACUUCAGGAUGUGUACAAGAUUGGAGGUAUUGGAACUGUGCCCGUGGGACGUGUUGAGACUGGUGUCUUGAAGCCUGGUAUGGUUGUCACCUUCGGUCCUACCGGUUUGACCACUGAAGUUAAGUCCGUUGAGAUGCACCACGAGUCUCUUCCAGAGGCUCUCCCUGGUGACAAUGUUGGUUUCAACGUCAAGAAUGUUGCUGUCAAGGAUCUCAAGCGUGGUUACGUGGCUUCCGACUCCAAGAACGACCCUGCCAAGGAAGCUGCUAACUUCACUGCUCAGGUCAUCAUCAUGAACCACCCUGGACAGAUCGGAAACGGUUAUGCUCCAGUGCUCGACUGCCACACCUCCCACAUUGCUGUUAAGUUUGCCGAGCUUGUUACCAAGAUCGACAGGCGUUCUGGUAAGGAACUCGAGAAGGAGCCCAAGUUCUUGAAGAAUGGAGAUGCUGGUUUUGUUAAGAUGAUUCCCACCAAGCCCAUGGUGGUGGAGACAUUCUCAGAGUACCCUCCUCUUGGUCGUUUUGCCGUGAGGGACAUGAGGCAGACUGUUGCUGUCGGUGUCAUCAAGAAUGUGGAGAAGAAGGAUCCAACCGGUGCAAAGGUCACCAAGGCUGCCCAGAAGAAGAAGUGAACUGCUUUUGCUUCAAUAAGUUUGUAUGAGUACUCUAAAUAUUUGAUUUCGGUUCGCAGUGUCAUUUUGUUGCUAGGUCUUUGUUGUGCAUUUCAUAAUCCCUUAACUUCACCCACAUCCGGAACCUAUUCUCAGAAUUGGGUGCUUGAUCGACGGUGGUAGGGUUUUGAUAUGCAAUGGUCAUUUUUGGUGUUUUGUGUUUCUGUUUCGGCUUUUUAGAUAGUUGGGACGAGUUUUAUUUUUAUAUAUUGAUGUUGAGAUAUUACUGCGGUUAUUAUUAAUGUACUUUUUUUUAUUUUA